AUGGAAAUCAAUACGCGCAUGGUGUCGUCAUCACCUCACGUGACCUUCGUCAGCAGCCAAAAACAAACAAAAAAAAUAAAUAAGAGAUUUAUCUCGUUUUUUGGGGUUUUUUUUUUUUAUUUCUUUUCUUUCCUCUUCUUUUUCCAGUUACUUUUUACUUUUCCUCAUUUUUUUUAUCAAUCUUUCUUCUUUUUUAGGCUUUUAUUCUUUUUUCACUUUCUUUCUUUAAAUUUUCGAUUUCAUUCUUUCUUCGUCGCCGCUUUUCAUCUUUCUUUUCUUCUGUUUCUUUGCUUUUCAUCGUUUUUCAUCUUUCUUUUCUUCUGUUUCUUUUCAUCGUUUUUCAUCUUUCUUUUCUACUGUUUCUUUUCAUCGUUUUUCAUCUUUCUUUUCUACUGUUUCUUUUCAUCGUUUUUCAUCUUUCUUCUCUACUGUUUCUUUUCAUCGUUUUUCAUGAUUCUUUAUUCUGUUUCUUUACUUUUCAUCGUUUUUCAUCUUUCUUUUCUACUGUUUCUUUUCAUCGUUUUUCAUCUUUCUUUUCUAUCAUUUCUUUUCAUCAUUUUUAAUCUUUCUUUUCUUCUGUUUUUCUAUUCAUCGUUUUUCAUCUUUCUUUUCUACUGUUUAUUUUCAACGUUUUUCAUCUUUCCUUUCUUCUGUUUCUUUUCAUCUUUAUUUUCUACUGUUUAUUUCCAUCGUUUUUCUUCUUUCUUUGCUUGA